CGAAGGGAAAUUGUUGGACGAGAAAAAAAAAACUCGGAAUUUUCAGUCUUCUCCACAGCCGUGCGAACGACCCCGACCGGAAGGAGGAGGAGCGGAGAGGGAGGAGGAACCGAGGAACCCGUCGCCACCGCCGCCGCCGCCGCCCUCCAACGCCGCUGGUGAGAAGUUCGAGGGCGGCGGCGGUACCUAGGUUUGUGAGGGGUCGGCUCAAGGCUCCAGACCAGUAGUCCGAUUUUCAGUAAACGGGGAGGGAGGGACGCUGCUGCGGCUGCUGCUACCGUGCUUCUCCUAAACGGAGGCGCUCCAUUUUUAGACAUCGGAGAUCGAUUUCUGAUAGGGAGAGCGAUUGCGAGGGUUGCGGGGGAGGAGGGAUUUGGGAUGGCCGGCCAUGACCACGUGGUGGUUGAUGUGGAGGGCUUAGCGAAGUCCAAGGACGACGGGGUUGCCGAGCCGUCUGAGGGUGUGAGCGCCUCCGCGGCUGCUGCGUCUCCGUCCGCGGUCGUUGACUUGGUCGACGACGAGGAGGGAGGCGGUGGGGAGGAGGAGCCGCUCAUCCAGGCGGCUGAGUGCCGGAUAUGCCAGGAGGAGGACAGCGUCAAGAAUCUCGAGAAGCCGUGCGCUUGCAGCGGCAGCCUCAAGUAUGCUCAUAGAGCUUGUGUUCAGCGCUGGUGCAAUGAGAAAGGAGACACUACAUGUGAAAUUUGCCAUCAGGAAUACAAGCCUGGUUACACCGCACCACCUCGUGUUGAACCAGAUGAGACAACCAUAGACAUUGGUGAAGAUUUGAUUAUGGAUUUGCGUGACCCAAGAAUUCUCGCUGUAGCAGCUGCUCAGCGUCGUCUUCUUGAGGCAGAGUAUGAUGGUUAUGCUACUACAGAUGCUGGUGGUGCUGCAUUCUGCCGUUCUGCUGCACUUAUUUUAAUGGCACUGUUGCUGCUGAGGCAUACAUUGUCCAUCUCAGACAACGAAGGGAACGAUGAUGAUGCUUCAACCAUAUUCUCACUUUUCCUGCUGCGAGCUGCUGGGUUUCUGCUGCCCUGCUAUAUCAUGGCAUGGAUCUUCAGUGUUUUGCAUCGCCGGCGGCAACGACAGGAAGAGGCUGCUCUGGCGGCAGCAGAGGUGGCCUUCAUCCUACAGUCAGCCCGGGGCCGCGGCCUCCAGUUUGCCAUCGCCCCAGACUCCCCAGCCACUCCGCAGCAGCACGAGCACGAGCCAGCACAGCCGCAACAGCAAUAGCUAACGACAUAGCCCCAGUAGUAGCUCCUCGCGGCUGCUGACCAUACUAUACAAACCCUGGCUCAUUUCGUUGUUUGAUGCCCCACUGCUUCACGAGGGUUAGGCUUUUGCUUCCUGUUUGGCCAAGUAGGAUGCGAUUCAGCGGGAAACUCUCUGUACCUUUAUUUCGAGCGAGUGUAAUCGAAGCAUCGGAUUCAAUGUAAAUUCAUUGUUUACAUUAUGACGCUGCCUUUACUGCCACCCGAAUUCGAAAUGUUGCUUGUACUGUUAUUCGUGAAUUUCAUUUCAUUCCUGCA